GUUCCUGCACCCUGUGCCCGUGUCCCCCCCUUUCCCGGGGGUUUCUCCUCCCUGCAGGCUCCUGCAGGGUCCCGCUGAGCUGGAAUGCCCCUCUCAAGCCCCGCAGCAGCGGAUACCCCCUGAUCAUCUUCUCCCACGGCCUGGGAGCCUUUCGGACCUUGUACUCUUCAAUCUGCACGGAGCUGGCGUCCCGGGGUUUCGUGGUGGCAGCGCUGGAGCACAGGGACCAUUCUGCUGCCACCACCUAUUCGUGCACGGCCCCGGCUGGCACGGAGGAGUGGAUCCCCUUCCAACGGGUGCCCCAAGGGCAGAAGGAGUUUUAUUUCCGAAACAAGCAGGUUCACCAGAGAGCGCAGGAAUGCGUGCGGGCGCUGCGGCUCUUCCAGGGCAUUGCCGGCGGAAGAUCUGUCCCGAACAUCCUUCACCAGGACUGGGAUCUCUCCGUGCUGAAGGACAACCUUGAUCUGAGCAAAGUGGCCGUCAUGGGCCACUCCUUUGGGGGGGUGACAGCGGUGCUGGCCUUGGUGAAGGAGCCCAGCUUCAGGUGUGCCGUGGCUCUGGAUGCCUGGAUGUUCCCUCUGGAGAACCUGCUGUACCCAGAGGUGCCCAAACCUGUGCUCUUCAUCAACACCGAGAAGUUCCAGACCCCGGAGAGCUUUGCUAAAAUGAAGAGGCUGAGCUCCAGGAACAGCCAGACGAGGAUUGUGACCGUGCUGGGAACCACGCACGAGGACCAGACCGACUUUGCCUUCCUCCCUGGGAAGCUGCUCAGCCGCAUCUUCGGCAGGAGGGGGAGCCUGGACCCCCACAAGGCUCUGGCCAUCACCAGCCGGGCAGCUCUGGCCUUCCUGCAGAGGCACCUGA